UGUGCUCAAUUUCAUAUGCGGCAAUUCCUCCAAGAUCUCUUCUUUAGUUGGGGGAAAAAUCCGCACGAAUCGGAUUUUUUGAGGAACAUAUCGAGAGAGAAUUGGUUAGACAAUGUGUGGUUGUUAAACAAGGAUCGGUUUUUUAGCAAGAUACGGAAUGUAUCGUCAAAUAUUCAAUAUGAUUCCACAAGAUCUAGUUUCGUUCAAGUAACGGAUUCUAGCCAAUUGAAAGGAUCCUCUGAUCAAUCCAGAGAUCAUUUCGAUUCCAUUAGUAAUGAGGAUUCAGAAUAUCACACAUUGAUCAAUCAAAGAGAGAUUCAACAACUAAAAGAAAGAUCGAUUCUUUGGGAUCCUUCUUUUCUUCAAACGGAACGAACAGAGAUAGAAUCAGACCGAUUUCCUAAAUGCCUUUCUGGAUAUUCCUCAAUGUCCCGGCUAUUCACGGAACGUGAGAAGCAGAUGAAUAAGCACCUGCUUCCGGAAGAAAUCGAAGAAUUUCUUGGGAAUCCUACAAGAUCCAUUCGUUCUUUUUUCUCUGACAGAUGGUCAGAACUUCAUCUGGGUUCGAAUCCUACUGAGAGGUCCACUAGAGAUCAGAAAUUGUUGAAGAAAGAACAAGAUGUUUCUUUUGUCCCUUCCAGGCGAUCGGAAAAUAAAGAAAUAGUUAAUAUAUUCAAGAUAAUUACGUAUUUACAAAAUACCGUCUCAAUUCAUCCUAUUUCAUCAGAUCCGGGAUGUGAUAUGGUUCCGAAGGAUGAACUGGAUAUGGACAGUUCCAAUAAGAUUUCAUUCUUGAACAAAAAUCCAUUUUUUGAUUUAUUUCAUCUAUUCCAUGACCGGAACAGGGGGGGAUACACGUUACACCACGAUUUUGAAUCAGAAGAGAGAUUUCAAGAAAUGGCAGAUCUAUUCACUCUAUCAAUAACCGAGCCGGAUCUGGUGUAUCAUAAGGGAUUUGCCUUUUCUAUUGGAUUGGAUCAAAAACAAUUCUUGAAUGAGGUAUUCAACUCCAGGGAUGAAUCGAAAAAGAAAUCUUUAUUGGUUCUACCUCCUAUUUUUUAUGAAGAGAAUGAAUCUUUUUAUCGAAGGAUCAGAAAAAAAUGGGUCCGGACCUCCUGCGGGAAUGAUUUGGAAGAUCCAAAACCAAAAAUAGUGGUAUUUGCUAGCAACAACAUAAUGGAGGCAGUCAAUCAAUAUAGAUUGAUCCGAAAUCUGAUUCAAAUCCAAUAUAGCACCUAUGGGUACAUAAGAAAUGUAUUG